CGAUCUUUUUCUUCUUCACCCCCAAUCUGAUGAUAAACCCUUGCUAGAACCCUAAUUCUACAUUUCAGCGCAGCGACCUGCCUACCACUCUCGUCUUCCCGGGAAAAUGGCUUCCUCGAAACUCUCCUUCGUUAAUAACCAUAUUAGAACUCUAACUAAACGUCAUUUCCGACUCCAAGCGCCGACGCCCAGCUUCCGAUGUCUUCGAUUCUUCUCUUUUGCCACCCCAGAAGAAGCGGCCGCGGAGCGCCGGAAACGAAAGCGCCGCCUUCGCAUCGAACCUCCGAUUUCUGCUCUUCGCCAACAGCAGCAGCAGCAACAGCAACCUCGCCCGAUGAGCCCACAGAACUCUAACCCCAAUGCUCCAAAGAUCCCAGAAAAUGUCGCUGUACUGACAGGGAAUAGACUCAACCUCCAUAACCGCAUUCUCAAGCUGAUCCGCGAGAAUGAUUUGGAGGAAGCGGCGCUUCUCACUCGGCACUCGAUCUAUUCCAACUGCCGCCCCACAAUCUUCACUUGCAAUUCCGUCAUGGCUGCUCAACUCCGCCAAUCAAGGUACGCCGACCUUCUAUCUCUCCACCGUUUCAUCACACAGGCUGGGGUUGCCGCCAAUAUCGUCACGCACAACCUUCUUCUAUCCACUUACAUGGAUUGUCGAAAGACUGACAUGGCGUUGGAGCACUAUAAGCAGCUCAUCAACGAUGCCCCUUUCAACCCCUCCCCCACCACUUACCGGAUCUUAAUCAAAGGUCUAGUCGAUAACAAUAAGCUUGAAAAGGCACUCGAAUUGAAAGAAGAUAUGUUAUCCAAGGGAUUCAAAGCCGACCCCAUUGUGUACAAUUACUUGAUGUCUGCUCAAGCUAAGAACUCAGAUUCAGAUAGAAUUUUCGAACUCUAUGAGGAAUUGAAGGAAAAAUCUGGAGGUUCUGUAUCAGAUGGAGUGGUUUAUGGGAGCUUGAUGAAAGGUUACUUCUUGAAGGGAAUGGAAGAUGAGGCUAUGAAGUGCUAUGCAGAAGCCGUGGGUGAAAAUUCAACAAUUAAGAUGAACGCUGUGGCUUUCAAUCAUAUUUUAGAUGCACUAAGCAAGAACGGUAAGUUUGAAGAGGCUCUAAGCCUAUUUGAUAGGAUGAUGACAGAACACGAUCCUCCCAAAACAUUGACUGUCAAUCUGGGGAGCUUCAAUGUGAUAGUGGAUGGUUAUUGCGCUGAAAGGAAAUUCAGUGACGCCAUUAAUGUUUUCAAAUCAAUGAUCACAAAGAGGGUCAGCCCGGAUACACUUUCAUACAAUAAUCUGAUUGAACACUUAUGCAACAAUGAUUUAUUGGCUGAGGCAGAGGAGCUUUACAAAGACAUGGAGGAUAAGAAAGUAAAGCCAGAUGAGGUCACAUUUGUUUUGUUAAUGGACACUUGCUUCAAGGAAAACAGGCACGAUGAUGGAGCUCAAUAUUUCAAAACAAUGGUGGAGUCGAAGCUCAGGCCUAAUAUGGGGGUUUAUAACAGAUUGGUUGAAGGACUAGUUAAAGUUGAGAAAAUUGGUGAAGCAAAAUCUUUCUUUGAUAUGAUGAUGGGGAAGCUUAGGAUGAGGGAUGAUGAGUACAAGUUCAUAAUGAAUGCACUAUUUGAUGUAGGGAAGCAUGACGAUGUGCUUGCAAUUGUGGAUAGGAUUCUAAGGGAGGACCCGACGGAUUUGACCGAUGAAUUGAAAGAGUUUAUCGGAGAAGGGUUACGGAAGGAAGGGAGGGACGAGGAGUUGACAAAGCUUAUAGAGGACAUUGAAAGGGAGAAGGCUGAAGCUGCAGCUAAGAUUGUGGAGGAAGCUGAAAGAGCUAAGGCAAGUACACGAGAAGCUGUUAAUGCAUUGUUGAAUACUCCAAGAUUGUUUGGUAAGAAGGAACCAGAAGAUGAUCAGAAGUCGACAGAAAAUGCUGCAGAUGCUUCUGAAGAAAAUAUCACCUCAACAAUUAGAGAUGCAGAGGUUGUAGAAGAGGAGACUGACGAGGCGGUGUCAAAAGCUAAUGGGUGAGUCCUGAAGGUAGAAAAUUGUGUCAAAAUCGCAGAGAAUUAUGUGUAACUACUAUAUUUAUGAUUGGAAAUAAAAACAACUUUACUGUGCACAAUCAAGUCACAGCCUCCCGCGCUGGCUUUUGUUAGAUUUUGAAAAUGAGUGGGGCUGGCGGCAUCUUGCUAGCUCCCACACUCACUUAAUAUAGAGGAGUAUUUUCAUGAAAUCCACAUCCUUACCUGAUCCUUUACUGCCCUUGAGAAGCCUUUUGUUUGCGAAACUACUACAUACUAAUGAGUUGUUUUAUUUCUUGAACGGAUUCGUUCUUGGUUAACAUGGUUGAUAUUAUGCUUUUCUUUGAAUGGAUCUCUGUAUUGCGUU